AUGGACCCCCUUUCUAUUGCCGCCUCUUUGGCUGGUCUCAUCACCAUAUCGACCCAGAUCGUCCAAAUCAUCCACACAGUGAACUCAAAGAACAAUAAAGAGCUAGACUCGCUGUCCAGAGAGGUCCACGCUGUGAGGGGAAUCCUAUCGCAGAUUCAACAGAUUGUUCAGUUUCAGUCCGCCAAAGCCGCCAAGAACUCAGAAUGGCUUAAUGCACUCAACGCUACUUUGGACGACUGUGGUGACACGUAUCUACAGCUGGAGAAGUCCUUGAAAGGACUGGUGUCAAGCUCAAGACUCGAGGCACUCAAGAAGAAAGUCAAGUGGACGCUCAAAGAGAAGGAGAUCCAGGACUCAUUGAGAAAGGUCGAGAGCUAUAAGCUUUCACUAGAUUUGUUAUUGUCUGUCCAAACGAGUACUACGACGGCGAAGAUUGAAGAUGUGGUGGUUCAACUUCAAAAAAAGUUAUUACUCACAUCCCCCGCCGCUCCCACGACUCGGACACCUUUGUCGUGGAGAAAGAAGCUAGCGGGUUUCGAGGCAGACCCUGCAGACCCUGCACCCUCGCAAGCAAGCGAUUCAGAAGACGGACAGUCAGAUGCCGAGAGCUCCAGUACCGGUGUUUCAUACGUCAUCCAAGGGCCAAAUACCACUGACUGGACUAAUCCCGGCAUUUUCGGAAUAAACCAGGACGAAGGCAAAGAUGCCCCGGAUCUCAACAGUGCAGGGCUUGUUUGUAUUUGUGAAAUGUGA